CGACCUCGCCGCCGCUGCCAUAGUCUUCGCCGCGCCGCACUUGGGGCAAUCGUCCUUGGUCGUCCCCUUCAUCGCCCGACUUCCGUGCUCCGCUCUGCUCAUUUGUUCACCUCCUGCUGGCGCUCUCUCUCUCCGACCCCCCCCCCCCCCGAUUUAGCCAAGCUGUAGUACACAGCUUCACACUGUUUCCAGCGUGUUGGAGUGAGUGAGUUCGAGAGUCACAUUGAGCUUUCGAUCUGGUUUUGGAUGUGCGUCAGUGGUGCACUGCAAGCUGGGAAUUAAGUCCGGCCUGACAGUGUUUUCGUAUGUUUUGACUCAAGUUUGGUCAGAUUUUGACUGGAGUGCGCAAUUCGCAGUUUGGCUGUGCACGAGAGAUCUCAUACUGGGGAUUCCAUAGGUCCUGAGGUUAGGAAGCAAGAGGUUUCGUCGUCUGAGGCCGAGCUGUAAUGUGCACAGAGUUUGAUUGAGCAGCCUGGUAGGGUCUAUCAACGGCUGCAGUGCAACUAGUGUCAGAAUAGCUGGCUGGGAGUGGAUUAUCAGUUGUGGUACCAGAUCUGGCUGAGUGGUAGCUUGGUCGCUUCUUGCAGUGAAGCUCGAGCUUGAGUUGGGUGAGAUCUAGUCUUGCUCGGGGGUAAUUAGUCCUGGAGAGUGUGGGCACUAUCUAAGAUCCAAUCUGAGACAAUUGGCCGAAUCAAUUUCGGGGAGUUCAAGCUGGAGGCGAUCCUUGACACUUUUGAAAUAAUUGUGGCCGGAGUACCUUUGAGUCGCACCGUGCGCACAAUUAUCUUGAAGAGCAGUGGUCGUUUGCACCCUGGCCUCAUUUUGAUAAUUCCAGCGUCCCGUGGAGUUCGCGUACCAUUUUGUAAGCUGGCUUUGUGUUUCAGGUGUUGAUCAAUACACACGGUCUUGAAUCGUGACUCUAAAUUGAGUUUUGAAACUGCUAAUGUGUAAGUCUGAGUCAACGUUGCCCGUAGGUGCAAACUUCUGCUUGAUGACAACUUUCAGGCUGUUUUGCUGACCUCGUUAUCAGAUGUUAGUAUUCAAAUUUGCGGAGGCCAGUGCAGAAAGUAAUUGUGCCAUUGAAUAUUAUUUCCGACAUUUUCCGAUGAUUUCGGAGAUUCAAGGUUUGGGUGUUAAAUUGGCGACCCAGUAGUGUUAUGCGACUUGAUGUGCCGGUUUCAGUAGCGAAGGGAGUUAGAAAAUGUAACGUAUCUCUUUGGUGAACUCUUUCAAUACGAGAGGUUCUCCUGAAGUUCUGUAGUGUAAUUUCUACUGUUGCACGGGUUUCUGUGUGAAGAUUGGCUUUCUCAAGCCUUCGUUGGCUGUUCGGAAGAGUAUUAUGUGAACAGCUGUCAUCCAUGACUCCAUUCGCACUCGCACUGUAGGACUUGAAUCUGGAGUAGUGUGGACUUUAGGAGCUACUCUCGCAGGUCGUGUGCAGUGUGAAUUAUCUUGCAGCCAUGGUGGGUUAUGACCUGUCGGCGCUGCCUCAGAAACCGGCUUGGUUGGAGUCUCUCUUGGCCGAGAGGUUCUUUGUGCCGUGUGCCAAGCACGGGGCGUUCAAGAAGAACGAGAGAAAUGUGUUCUGUGUGGACUGCAAUGCUGGUGUGUGUCAGCAUUGUGUUCCUGAUCACCAGAACCAUUGUAUUCUCCAGAUUCGUCGUUAUGUGUACCACGAUGUGAUCCGUCUGCAAGAUAUGCAGCGUCUCCUGGACUGCUCAACGGUUCAGACGUACAUUAUCAAUAGCGCGCGGGUGGUGUUCCUAAAUCAGAGGCCGCAGCCCCGUCCGUCGAAGGGGUUGGGCAACGCUUGCGGUACUUGUGACAGGAGCCUGCAAGACUCUUACGCAUACUGCUCAGUGGCAUGCAAGGUGGAUGCCGUUGUUAGCAGCGGGAAGGACCUAUCAACACUUCUGCCUGAGAGCGGCAACAUGCCGUACUCGUUCUUCACAUGUUCCCCGACUCGGAGCUUGAAAGGUGGGAAACACGAGUUGGAGGAUGAGCUAUUGACGGACUCACUGUGCGACGGGUCGCCGACGCAUACUUCGUCAGCAUCGACAGGCAGCGAGGGGAUAGGAUUCUGUGGCAUUGUGUCGACGGCUUCGACUCAAUUGCUGCCCAAGAAAGUUCGAAGCGGACGUAUUUCGUCGAUGGCGACGUCGCCGAAGUCUGUAAUAUUCCCGGUGUCUGUGAAGAGAAGAAAAGGGACUCCUCACAGAUCUCCAUUUUGUUAGGUACAAGCUCUAAGUAGAGAGCCAUGUUGCGUUAUUCAUCCUCCAUCCCACAUAUUUUUUGGUAUCUCGCUCAGUCGGUUACCCAGAAGUUGUUAUUGGCCUCCCUUGUGCGAGAGGUUUCAUCGACAAAGCUGCAGGUCGUUUCUUACGACUGAUCGGAACAACUAAAGCAGCAUGUUCUUCCAGUCCGGUUCGAAAGUUAGCCCUACAUCUACGGUGGUUGGAAGGAGCGGUUUGAUUGAUUCUUUAUUGGAUGCUAGCUCGGCGAUAUAAUUUAAGAGUUUGCGAAGUUUUGGGGACACACAGAGGGUCGAGGUGAUUGGACGCCUUGAUAGCCUAACUCAGGCUGCUUUGUUAAGGAGGACGCCUACCAUUGUGGUGUUUCGGCUAUAGUUUUUGAUUCAUCCGUCUGCGGCAAGCACUCAUUAGGUAGAGAGUCUCUGUCGGGACUAGAUCGGAAUGAGGACCCGAUUGUUAGUAUUGGAGCCGGAAUGGCGAAGCGCUCCCAUUCGAGAGUUGAGUGCAACAAUCCUGAGGGAUGCGACGUUAAUUGGUGGCCUGUAAUUACAGAUAAUUCACAGAGGAGUUGGUUCUCUCAGUAGUGUCAAGCAGAUCUUGCUUGUUGUAGUUCUACGUUAUUAUGAUUUCAGGAUGUGACGCCGUACAUGCAAUAAAAGCUUGGCUAUGUCCGUGACUAUACUAUU